AUGAGCCUGACGAGACAGGAACUGGAAGUGGACGAAAAGGCUCGACUUGUGGAGGAGGAGCCCGCCUGGAUACACGCUCCAUCGCGGAGACGGAUAGACCCCAUCUCUCUACUCAGCCACAUCUUUCAUCGUUACCUCCACAUCUUGAAACCCAGUUUCUUGACAGCCAGCGCUCAUACCCCUCCCCCGCGGCCCCGGCCCACCGCCUGGCUUGAUGGACUUCGAGGUUAUGCUGCCUUUGUCGUCUUCAUCUAUCACUUCCAGCAUCAAUAUCACAAGGCCUAUGACCUGGGUUAUGGCGGUAACGGUGGGGUCGACGACUACUGGAUAAUACAGUUACCUGUAAUGCGGGUAUUCUACCAUGGAAUUCCCUGUGUCCAGAUCUUCUGGGUUCUCUCGGGCGUGGCCCUGUCGCUCCGACCUCUCCAAUUAGCACGAAACCAGGACUGGAGCAAAUUCCACUCUUCCCUCUUCUCGUCCGUCUUUCGUCGUAUGCUUCGCCUCUAUUUGCCUUGCAUUGCCGUCUCAUUUGGCAUCUUGAUCGCAAUGCUUUCGGGUUUCUAUGACUAUGCCGACUGGCGCAUGAAACACAAGCCAUUCUACAAUAUGCCGCGAAGGAGGCCCUUUGUGCUCCCAACAAUGCGUGCCCAAAUCAUCGACUGGGCAGUAGAGACGUGGAAAUGGAGCAACCCGCUAUCCUCACACGGAUACCGCUACAACAGCCAUUUCUGGACUAUCCCCACCGAGUUUUUCAAUUCGAUACUCCUGUUUGCCACACUCGCUGGCUACUCCAAAUUGAAACCCAGAGUCAGAGCCGGAUGCACUGCGGCGCUGUAUGGCUACACCCUUCUCUCAGGCUUAUGGGACGUGUCCCUAUUCUUCGGGGGCAUGGCUUGUGCCGAGUACAUUUUGGUGCUUGCUGAACACGAGCAGCAGCUACCAUCCUACAAAGGCAAAGCCAGCGCGUCUCUCGCAGCGAGAAUAACACAGCGCAUCCCAAAAUGGGCAUGGAUCUUGGCCUUUUAUGUAUCCUGCCAUCUACUCUCUUUCCCGCCUGCAAAGUAUGCCGAUGCCCUCGGCUUCAGCACCCUUACCAAGCUUACUCCUCCGACCCUCAAACCACCCAAGUUCUGGCGCGCCAACGGCGCAGUCCUCUUACUCUUUACCUUAUCCGGCGGAAAGUUCUUCCAACCCCUCUUCGCCAAUCGCUUCACCGUCUAUCUGGGCAAAAUCUCGUUUCCUCUCUAUCUCCUGCAUGGACCUAUGAACCGCAUGCUGGGUUACAGGCUUGUUCCCUUGUUCUGGCGCUUCACAGGUGCAGACACACUCGUCGGAUAUGAAGCUGGUGUGGCACUCGGAUGGUGUGCCGAGGCCAUCGUUCUCGUUUGUCUGGCAGAUUUCGUGGAGAGGGUGGUUGAUCAGCCGAGUGUCAACUUUGGGCGGUGGCUGGAGAAGAAGUGUACCGUAAAGUCUUUCCAGUGUCAAGGCAUGCAUGCGCUCACACCGCUUCCCGCCUCAUCAAAUUGGGAAGAACCUUCCUUGUCCAGCGGGAAUUCGUCUGCAGCCAAGAAUGGGCCACCCGGGCCGGGAAAACUCCGGCGAUUCUUUACGGACCUCCCUCAGAAGCCCGCGUCACCAAAAUUGCAAGACCGUCAAAUAGUUGGCUGCUUUUGCCUUGGCGAGUGUGCUAUUCAAUGGAGCACAUGUCCUGCGGAGGGGUGGAAAUGUACAAGUCCACCCAUGCCGGCAGUCCAAAACACGAGCCAUGACAUCGACACGGAAAGCCGAUACGGCAGUGGAGAUAAGUGUUCACUCUCACGUUUCUUCAUCCUAUCAAUUUUUUCUGUCAUGACGAAGCACACCAAUCUUUUGACGUGCGGGCUAGCUCUUGCAAGCUCAGUCGCAAGUGCAAGUUUGGUCUCCCGCCAGAGUAACGACACAUCUUACCUGGAUGCCAUCUCGGAAUAUGUCGACUCCAUCCAGGAUGACAUAUGGAACAUCAGCAAGACCCUCCAUGACAACCCUGAGCUAGGGUUCAAGGAAGUCAAAGCACAUCACCUUCUUACCUCAUUCAUGGAAGCUCAAGAUGGGUGGAACGUCACCAGGUCAUUAUACAACAUCAGUACCAGCUUCUCUGCCGUCUUUGAGGGUUCGGGGGAUGGUCCCAUUGUCAGCUUCAACUCGGAAUAUGAUGCAUUACCCAACCUCGGCCAUGCCUGCGGGCACAACCUCAUUGCUGUGGUUGGUGUCACAGGUGCACUUGCUACAGCCAAAAUUAUGAAGGAGCAAAACCUCCCCGGCAAGGUCAUCCUCUUCGGCACUCCAGCAGAAGAGAGUCUCGGAGGCAAAGUCGACAUGCUGGACGCCGGCAUCUUCGACGACUACAAAAUCGACAUCAGCUUAAUGGCACACCCCACCAACGGCCCAGACUCACCCUACAUGCGCACCUUCUCCACCAGCCGGCUGGAUCUCGAGUACCACGGCAAGACGGCACACGCCUCCGCCGCGCCCCACGAGGGCAUCAACGCCCAAGACGCCCUCGUCCUAGCAUACAGCGCCAUUGGCAUGUUACGCCAACAAUCCCAACGAUCCGACCAAAUCCACGGCAUCAUCACCUCGGGCGGCACCUCCAUCAACGUCAUCCCCGACCUCUCCACCGCAUCCUUCCAGAUCCGGGCCAAGGACGACGCAGACCUCGAACCCUGGACCAACCGCCUCCUCAAGUGCUUCGAAGCCGGUGCCGUAGCCACAGGCGCAAAACUCAAUCUCACCAUGCGCGAUAACAGCUACAGCGCCAUGCUCUCAAACGACGUGCUCGCUUCUUCCUGGUCAAGACACUUUGUAGCGCUCGGCGGCCAGGUUCCGGACCCGGCUAUUGAUAAGAUCAAAGAGCAAUCUGGGAGUACGGAUCACGGCAACAUGAGCAAGAAGUUCCCCGCCAUUCAACCCCUCUUUCAAAUCUUCAAUGAGAAUGGUAGUGCGCCGACGGGGGGACCGCAUACGGCUUCAUUCGAGACUGCGGCGGGUACGAGGCGGUCGCUGGAGAAGGCGCUGAUGACUGCAAAGGGGUUGGCGGGUGUGGCGGUGGAUGUUUUGGCUGUGGAGGGUAUGUUGGAUGCGGUGAAGAAGGAGUUGGAAGGGCUUGAGCAGGGGAGGAGGAGGAGGAGGGGGUUGAGUCGGGAUGUCAAGCGAGCGAGGCCUAUGAUUGAUGACUUGCAUUUUCAUUGA